UUCCGUCCGUGCGUCAACAGCAACAGCUAGGAUGUUGCGAUAUCGCUGGCAGCCAAAGAUUGCUGUGGUUGCAGAGAUUAGGCUGCUGGGUUGAAACCUCUGCCUAACGUUUUGGUAGAUGUCAAAUUGUGUGUUUUUGAUCUGCAGUCGCAUCAGACGGAGGAUUACGUUGUCUGUCGACCCCGCGCGUGCUUGUGUUUGUCAAAGGCUGCAGCGGCGCUAACACGUUAGCUUACAACAAAAUCACAGUUUUAAUCUAAAUGGGAGCAAUUCAAUAGCUCGACGGGCAGCUAUGUGCCAUCCAAAGGCGGCUUCACUUGACUGAGGAUGGAAAGAUUGUUCCAGGUAUCGCUAACACACAAGUCACACGUCGGAUACAUCGCAACAUAAGACAUUAUCUUCAGAGGAUAACCUGGAUAACCUUACACGAAAUGUCAUAGCGCGUUAAGUAGCUAGCACUUAGCUAGCUCUGUAAUGGCUGGACGAGAUGGAGAAGGAGCUAAUGUUAUCAUCAUCAGCAGCCGACCAUGAACAGCUGGAUGGAUAGCUAAAGAAAGACUUUCUCCGGAGAUGCUUUAGCCUCCUGGGUGGUGUAAUUCACUUACAUAACAAGCGAGUCGCAACCGCUCUAGCUAUCACCAACUGGCUUGUGUUUGGCAAGCAAAUGGGAUCUGCAACCAACAAAUCUGUCAAAAUCACAAGUGACAAAGGCAUCCCUGCAUGGUUUGAGACUAAAAGUAGACUCGUCCGAUUUUAGGUGCACAUUCUGACCAGCAUUUAUAUAUCAGUGCAAUAAUUCAGUGCACAGGAAACAAGCCCUUCAUCUGAGUGAUUGAUACACCUCCUGUCAGCCUGACAACAUGAGGAAGUUCUUUGAUUCCCGUCGGGAGUUGGUGAGCUCCGGGCCCGGUUCUGGAGGGGGGGGCAGCUCGGGGUCCAGUCAUGCAGGCGGAAAUUUCAUUGGCAGAAACUUCACUGUCGGGCGGCACCAAGUCACUGUGGAGGAGAUCAUUGCUGAAGGUGGCUUUGCAAUUGUGUUCCUGGUGCGAACAAAUCAAGGGGUGCGCUGCGCCCUGAAGAGGAUGUAUGUCAACAAUGAGCAUGAUUUGCAGGUGUGCAAGUGCGAGAUACAAAUAAUGAAAGACCUUGUUGGUCACAAGAAUAUUGUUGGUUAUCUGGACUCCAGCAUUACUGCUAUGGGAUCAAGGGAUGUGUGGGAGGUUUUCAUUCUUAUGGACUUCUGCAAGGGGGGACAGGUGGUGAAUUUGAUGAAUCAGAGGCUGCAGACCGGCUUCACUGAGGCUGAGGUGCUGCAGAUCUUCUGUGACACGUGUGAUGCUGUUUCUCGCCUGCACCAGCGCAAGACACCCAUCAUCCACAGAGACCUUAAGGUGGAGAACAUCCUCCUGCAUGACAAGGGUCACUAUGUGCUGUGUGACUUUGGCAGCGCCACCAACAAGUUCCAGAGCCCUCAGACUGAAGGAGUGGCCGUCGUGGAGGAAGAGAUCAAAAAGUACACAACUUUAUCAUAUCGUGCUCCUGAGAUGGUGAACCUCUACAAUAACCAGAUUAUCACUACAAAAUCAGAUGUCUGGGCUCUGGGCUGUUUGCUGUACAAAGUGUGCUUCUUCACUCUGCCCUUUGGUGAAAGCCAGGUGGCCAUCUGUGAUGGCAGUUUCACCAUUCCAGACAACUCCCGCUACUCUUAUGAUCUGCACUGCCUCAUUCGGUACAUGCUGGAGCCAGACCAAGAGAAAAGACCUGACAUCUACCAGGUCUCCUUCUUUGCUUUUAAACUAGCUCAGCGGACCUGCCCUGUCCAGAAUGUGAAGAAUUCUCCAAUUCCCUGUAAACUUCCUGAGCCAAUCAAAGCGAGUGAGGCUGCAGCAGCAAAGAAGAACCAGGCUAAACCCAGAUUGACGGAUCCUAUUCCCACCACUGAGACCUCCAUCACCCCCCGCCAGAGGCCCAAAGCCGCCCAUACGCAGUCCGCCGCUGGCAUCCUCCCCAUCCAGCCGGCUGCUCUCACCCCUCGCAAGCGGGCUAAUCUCCCUGCUGGUGCAGCUCAGCCUGUGGGAGUCAGUCUGAACCUCUCUCAGCCGGUUGCAGCUCUGCAGUCACAGAAGGCUCAGACUUCAGUCCUGCCAAUCGUCCAGCCGCAAAACAAUUCAAAUCAGGCUGCAGCUCCACAGAAGCAGGUGCAGCCAGCCGCAGAGAUCACAGCAGCAGCAGCAGCAGCAGUGGUGUCUCCAGUGACCAAGGCUGAACCCCAAGCACAGCCCAUAGUUCAGCAGCAGACCACCCCCCCCCCCUCAGCCAGCACUCCCUCCCAGCAGGCCGCUCCAUCGAGCCCGGCCGCUCCUCAGCGUCCCGCUCGGCGUAAGCAGGCUCAGCAGCCAGCGGCUCAGGCUUCCCCCGUCAAACAGGCCCCAGGUCAGCCGCUGGUCUCUCAGCAGCAGCAGAUAACUCCGCCAUCAGCUGCCCAGGCUCAGCCCGCCUCCUCUGAGAGCAGCCCGAAAACAGCUGAGACGACUCCUCCUUCCUCUCCAAAGACAACUGAAGAGCGAGGCCACCAACGCACACCGAGUGACGCCAAACCGAGUGAUGUCACAGUGAGCGGCGUCGCUGGAGUUCCUGUGAGCGACUCCUCGCAGCAGCCGCAGGGAGCUAAUGCAGACGCUGCCCCCAACCAAUCACUUGCAUCUCCACCCAGUACCGCCCAGCUUGUUGACUUUGGUGUUGUUGAUGGGGGCCAGGACCAGAACAAAUCUGGACCCCCUGCUGAGACCACCGACUCCGCCUCACAACCUGCAUGGAACCCAUUUGACGAUGAUACAUUUUCCAACCUCUCUGCAGAUGGUUUCAAAACUGAGGACAAAAAGCCUACAGAUUUACUUUUAGAAACUAAGCCUCCAUCCACAGAGGAGUUGAUACCAGGCCUGCUGGACUUAACUGUGGAUACACCCCAAGAUAAUGUUGAAAGACCAUCAAACCUUGUUGAUGUGGAUUCAGGAGCCUAUCAGCCGGUUGUCCCAGAUCCUUUCAGUAUCCUCGAUCUGUCAGAUACACCAGAAAAGCUGAUAGAAGGACUCAAUUCUCCAGAACCAUCUUCACUCCUGCUUCAGGACCUCUUGUCAUUGUCUGAUCCCUUCGGCGGCUCUGUGGAAGUGGCUGAAAAAGACCCUCUCACCACAGACGACUCUCUCCUGGGCUGCUCUCUGAUCUCCGGUUCCUCCGCCCCCCCGGCAGCGAGCAGCACCACCUCCUCCCUCUCCUCCGCUCCCUCCUCCGCUGCCUCUGCUCUGGAUGAUUUCAGUCUGUUGUCUGGGGACUUUGCACCGCCUGUAGCAGACUCGUCUCUCCUGAUCUCAGACUUCGAGCUGCAGCCGGCCCCAGCGGAGGACCAGGAGGACCAGGAGGACGAGUUUGAUCCGAUCCCCGUCACUGGCCGGAAGAACUCCCAAGACCUGCAGAGGGAGCUCAGCAGUAAUGCACAGAGAGAUGCUCAGACUGAGGCUCCUGUGCAGCUCUCUGAGGAGAAUCAUAGGCCGGAGAUCCAGCCAAACAAUGCUGCAUGCGUCUAUGAUAAACACAUGUUGCCAUCAGAUGACAGCAGCACAACACCCCACACAAUACCAGCUACUUCCACCAGCCUGCCUUUUAUUCCUGUCAACCCAGUGUCCCAGUUGCAGCCUCCAAACAGCCCGGUCUCCUCUGAUGUCUUCCAGCUGGCUCCUUUCAAAACGCCAGCAAAAGAGAGCAAGAUGCCCUUCAGCAGCCCCUCCUUCUGCGAGUCGCACAAACCUGCUGACGCAUCCGAUAUCUUCCUCCAGGCACCGUUUGGAAAGAGGCAGGAAACCACCCAAGCUAGCACUCACAUAUCUGAACCGCAGAUUGAAACCAGCAAACAGUGUCCCCCGGUCCGAGAGUCGUCCCCUCCCGGUCCCCAGUGUCCCCGUGUCUGGGCCACCCCUCAGCUCCAGCAGCCGGUGGCCGUGCACCGGGUCGUCUCCAGGAUCGGGCAGCAGGCCGCGGUGGGCUCCGUGGCAGUGGGGCCCCUGCAUUCCUGGACCAUCGGGGGGAGACCCCUGGAAGACCCGUUCACCGCUGCACCUUUCCACCCCAGAUGCUCUCAGGGGAAACCUUGAUCAUAUCUCUGAGGCCAAGUCACAGCUUAAUUCUGUAACUUAAAGGUCACCUAUUAUGCAAAAUCCACUUGUUCAUGUCUUUUAUACAUAAACAUGUGUCCCCUCUGUGGA